ACUUCCGCCGCUUGAUACCAACAUUAGUUCUGCCGCUGUUUGCAGAGGUACUUGAUAGCAUAACUGUUGUGCUGCCCAGGCAUUUCUGUCACGACGACGCGACUUUCUGCACUACUUACCAUUCACCAUCCCCUAACUAACUAAGAUGGCCAGAACCCGAACCGGACGGAGUGAACAGUCAAUGAUCUGAGGACGGAAGCUUCGAAACUGUUCAUUGGACUCGGAAGGAAGAGGAUCCAGGACCAGAAGGUCUCAGACUGUAACCAAGGACCUCCUCAAACCCGCGGACGAGUUUUUAGCGACGAUGUUUAAAUGGAUGGUCCAAAACCAUCUGUCUCUCCUGCUGAAUUACUUUCACAGAUGCCGAAUACACUUGGAAAGAACGGUCGAGUUCCUGCCCCUCCUGAUGAUCUCAUCAGGCCGAUUAUUGAGGAUUUCGUGGCGAAGGGGUACAGUAACACCGAAAUCGUUUCCCGCCUACGCAAAUACUAUGAUACUGAUGCAUACAAUGUUUCGAUUGACCUCCUGAAAAAGCAGCGCUCUCAGUGGGGGCUGAAGUCCGCUCGUGGGCAAGCCCAUACCAUAGCAAGUAUUGGUCCUGCAAUCGAGCGAGUGCGAGCACGCUUCCCAAAGCAGGGUUCGCAUGACAUGAGGCAAACCCUCAUACACGAAGAAAAUAUUACCGUGUCAAGAAAGUUGAUUCUUCGCUACAUGAAUCUCCACCAUCAGGCAGAUGUUCAAGCUCGCAAGAGUCGACGCCUGAAGAGGAGUGUUUACUGGACCGCAGGCGUCAAUGACAUUUGGGUAUUUGAUCAACACGACAAGUGGCGCCGGUUUCAGCUCUUCCUGCAUGUUGCGAUCGAGCCAUUCUCAGGAUGCAUACUUUGGAUCAAGAUCUGGUGGACCAACCGUAACCCCCGUCUUAUUUGUGGAUGGUACUGUGAUACUGUACAAGCCCUUGGUGCUAUGCCCCUUGUAACCCAGAGUGACCCUGGAAGUGAAAAUAAUGGCAUUGCCAAUGGUCACACCUUACUUCGUCAUAUGCAAGAUCCAGCUCUUGCCCGCACUUUACAACACAAAUUCAAGGGCCAACAUCGCAACAUCAAGCCCGAAAUAUUUUGGAGCCAGUUACGACGACGCUGGACUCCAGGAUUCGAAGAUAUUCUAGAAUAUGGCUUCACCACAGGAAUCUAUAAUCCUGAUGACGCCUUGGAAAGGCUCGUUUUUCAUUAUAUAUUUAUUCCAUGGCUCCAGCAUGAGCUCGAUCUCUUUGCAGAAAGGUUCAAUCAUGUCAAACCUCGCCAUAAUAUCCACAAGAUCCUUCCGCACGGUCGUCCAAACGACAUAUUCUACCAUGCCGAAGAAUAUGAUUCUUGUGACUUCUCAGUGAAAGUUGACCAUUCUUCACUUGAUGCUAUGCGACAGAUAUACGCUCCUCCGGACCACCCUGUCUUUCCCCUCCUAGUUCCGCAAGAGUUUUCUCAACAAGCCUCCAUAUUCAUGGCGGAGCUUGGAUCACCUCCGGUAACUGGGGACAAUGUCUGGAAUGUCUGGAAUGUCUAUGCUGACCUUCUGAUGUGUUUCCAAUCAAUUGAAUGGGAUGAAGGGAUUCGCAAACUUCUUGCGGCGCAACUCCCACUUCCUUGUGAUGGGGACAACCUUAUUGGCUCCGAGGACUUACCUAUUGUAGAUUUUCCGCCGUUUGUUGAAGGUAGUGGUCCGAGCAGUGAUAUGGGCAUUGAGAAGAUCUCAGAUGAGGAGUCAGAUGAUGCAGAGUCGGAUUUCUAUGAGUUUGAUUGGACUGAUGAUGAGCUGGCAUAUACACUUGUUCGUGCAGCACUUGUCAUUCCUGUUGACAUUGACGACAGCGACUCUCGCGCCAAUUAUCUUAUUGAAGAGAGGAUUAGCGGUACAUUUGUUAAGUAUAUUAACAACAAUUCGGCUGUUCCAGCUCGUAUCCUAGACAGCAAAGAAGCAGAAAUCGGACUAUUCCUGUGCUUCGUGCAACACAUCCAGUAUCGUCUCUCCAAUGAGAUGGUCUACCUCUCUGAUUUUCAGGGCUCCGGUGAUCUUCUUACUGACUGUCAAGUCAUAACGGGCUCAGACUUUGUGAAUAAUUUUGGCGACGGAAACUGCACAGCUGCUUUCAAGAACUUCCGAUCUGAACACCAGUGCAACCAAUUUUGCCGUGCCUUCGGUUUGCAAGCAUUAUCGUAGUCUUGAUAGGAAGACGGAAAUCGCGUCGUCGUGACGGAAACACCUGGGCAGCACGAUGUUACUAGUCACAUAUUGAAUUUCACUUGAUGUUAUGCUAUAAAGUACCUCUGCAAACAGCGGCAGAGCAAAUGUUGGCAUUAACGUUGAAUAUUUGAAUGUCGAACGGCGGAAAUUGAACGUUGAUCGAUCAUCGAUGAUCC